AUGUCACGUCGGGAGUUCGUGCUAGAGAAAAUUCUCGGAAAAGGUUCUUUUGGGGAAGUCUAUAAAGCACGCCAUAAGAAGUCAGGAAAUUAUUUUGCGGUGAAAGUGGUGGACAUUGACAAGAUAUCGGAUGUUCACAAAAUCUUCUCUGAAGUCCACACACUCGUGAACAUUCGGUCUCAGUAUUUGAAUCAGUGUUAUGGCACAUUUAUGGAAAACACUUGCAUUUGGAUCGUUCUCGAAUACUGUGCUGGCGGCCUGUGUCACGACUUACUUGUACACUUCAGGAAAAUUCCUGAGGACAAGACGUGCUACUUGAUAAAAGGUGUUCUUCUUGGAGUAGAAUAUCUUCAUGAAAUGAAAAUUGUUCAUCGCGAUAUUAAGCUGGCAAACAUUCUUCUCACUGAAAAAGGACAUGUGAAGUUAGGUGACUUUGGUGUCAGUAGUGAACUUUCAGUCAGUGAACAAGUUUGCAAGACAAUGACAGGUACACCGCACUGGAUGGCCCCAGAAGUAAUUGUCCGUGAAUCCGAUGGAUAUGAUAGCAAAGCUGACAUCUGGUCAAUAGGCAUCACUGCCUAUGAGCUACUAAAAGGAGGGCCUCCCACCGCACGCUUACCAAGUUACAAGGCAUUUCAACGAAUUGUAAAUGAGUCUGCGCCUGAACUCUUGGGAGUCUUUUCAAAAGAGUGUAAACAAUUUGUACAUCACUGUCUCUCUAGAGAUCUGGCGUCUCGUCCUUCUGCCACGAGGCUUCUUCGGAGUGAAUUUAUCCAAGGGUGCUCUAUACUGCCUAGAGAGUUUGCAACUUUUAUGAACAGCAGCAAGAAGAAACCGCCAAAGAUUUCGCUGUCUAUAAUGACAGGAAAAAUAUCAGGUCAAAACAAAAAGGGGGAUGUUCACUGGGAAGUCACCAACACGAAAAGAAAGGAAACCGAGAAGAACCCUAACGAUACUUCAGAUGAGUGUCAGCUCAUGUUAGAUGCAUGCGACCGCUUGGGUUCUAGAGCUCGGAAUGACAUCGCUCGACAAUUUCUGUUUGAGCUUCGUAAGAUGUUCAUCAAUUGCGAAUUACAAAACACAAACUUCUGUGCUGAGUUCUACAAGGAUCUCAACCAUAUUCAAGCAGAGUUCAAGAAUCAGGGAAAGCUUAGGUGCGAAUAG